AGUUUAGAGUAGCCGUUAAAGGCGAGUCCAGUUGCCUCUGUCUCAGUGUGUUCAUAGAGAUUGUUGGUUUCUGGAAGUGUAUUCGACAUAGGCUUAUUACGAAUUUAUCGUGAACCAACAGCUACAGCUACAUCUACAUCGAAAUGGCUGAUCAACUUACAGAGGAGCAGAUUGCUGAAUUCAAGGAGGCCUUUUCACUCUUUGACAAGGAUGGAGAUGGCACCAUCACCACCAAAGAGCUGGGUACAGUGAUGCGCUCUCUGGGCCAGAAUCCCACAGAGGCAGAGCUGCAGGACAUGAUCAAUGAAGUGGAUGCUGAUGGAAAUGGAACGAUAGACUUCCCAGAGUUCCUCACCAUGAUGGCCAGGAAGAUGAAGGACACAGACAGUGAGGAGGAGAUCAGAGAAGCAUUCCGUGUCUUUGACAAGGAUGGGAAUGGCUACAUCAGUGCUGCUGAGCUGCGCCAUGUGAUGACAAACCUUGGAGAGAAGCUGACUGAUGAAGAGGUGGAUGAGAUGAUCAGAGAAGCAGACAUUGAUGGAGAUGGACAGGUCAACUAUGAAGAGUUCGUACAAAUGAUGACGGCGAAGUGAAGGCCUUGUACAGAUUUCGUAUAUAAAUUUGCCUUUUUUUCUUUGUGUAAUUUAUCUGUAAAAUCUUAAUAGCCCCUAUUCAUCCCUGCCCCUUCUGCUGUCCAAAGGAACUGCAUGUAAACUGCAUAGGCUCUUGUCCCCAUGUCCCUUUCUUUUGCUGUCAUGGUGUUUUGGAGUGACAGAACGGUCAUACAACCAGAUGCCGUGGAGGCCCCCGGGAGCUGGAGAACUUAGUAUCUUCCUGUUUUGUGCUCGGGGCCCCCUCCAUGCAUGGUGACAUUGGAAACCUGUCAGCUGGUUGGCACUUGGCAACACUGUUGGCAUGGAAACAAUGUAGAGGAGUUGAAACUCUGCAUGGACUACGGACAAAGUAUAUAUGGAAAUCUCAGCAUUGCACUACUGCAAAAAAAAUGACACGGGUGUAUCUCCUAGGUACUCGUACAAACUCUUUUUGUAUCUGCUGUUCUAUAUACCAGAAAAAUGACUAAUUUUACCAUGCUUUUUAAUGUUUUACUCACUAUUAAUUUUUCUUUUUUUUUUUUUAAAUAAUCCAUUCCAAGUUGUAUAUUUUUGUUUUCCAAUAAAAUUUACAAUCUACCCAUA